GCACUGAACUCAUCUGUCAGGCUCGACACGACAUUUGCCGUCUUCUCGCAAAGUGUGGAAAUUUUAGGAGGAAAAGUUUCGCUCGAUAUUCCGUAUCUAUUCCCUUAAAUUAAUACGCUUAAAAUGGCAGAUCUCGGUGCUCCAGUUCGUGUCUCCCCGCUGAUCAAGUUCGGUCGCUGGUCAUUCCUGGCCGUCGGAAUCGCGUACGGUGCCUACCACCAGCAGCGUCUGGCCACGCGUGAAGUCGGCAUCCGUGAGAUCGAAGCUAAGCAGAAGGCCAUUCGCGAUGUCAAGUUGGCCGAGGAGAAGAAACGCCAGCAGGCAGAGGAAAUCAAGGCCAUCGCUGACCUUUCGGGACCGAAGAAGUAGACAGCAACUUGAAUUUAUUGUUAGUCCCUUAUUUUUAACUCGGAUUAAUGCAACAACUUCAAAUGUAAUUUUAUUUUCAAGCCGUCGAUCGAAGGCAAAACCAACAAAAACAUACUGUGAAAAUAAAGGAUAGUAAUAAAUUCUGAGCGGAA